AGAAGUACAAAUGGAGGACCUGGAGGUGAUAAGGACGAUAAAUGACAAAAUCAAAAAGGAAGAGCAAAUGCGGCAGGCUGCCGUAAGGCUCAAGUCUAACAGCGACAACCCUGCCGUUCGCACACAAUGCGAGCAGAGUAUAAUGGUUAUGCAGAGAAACAUAGAUUAUCUGAGAAGCGAGCUUGAAAAAGUUCAGCUCAAGCAUCAAAAUCUUUCAACGUCAGGAAUUCCUCCACAUCCGAACCAGGGCCAAAACAUGCCUGUUCAAUCACAUCGAGGAGUGGACCCAAAUGCAACGCAGGACAACAAUGGGGCUAAUUCACGUAAACCAGUGCUGUCGAAUUUAGAUCUUAUUAAAUCCGAUACGCCUAUGACUACACAAAAAGUAUCACUCAAAUUACAUGAACUCGAAUUUAAGCUUGGCGUAGAGAGAAAGUUGAUGGAGGGAUCUCAAAAGAUGGCAAAUGCCGUGGUAUUUCAAGAUCCUAAAAAUAAAAAGAGUAUUGCUGAAGUGGCUGGCAAGAUGAUCGAGAGUAAAGAGAAGAUUUCACUAUUAUCGAGGUCGCUUAAUAACUAUAAAAAGCUGUAUAUUACCGGAAUUAAUGACGAAGAUGAAACAUCGAACGAUGAUAAUGAUAUUUAUCGUCUUACGCCUGGACUUCGCCGUCGAAUGACGG